AUGACGACCGGAAGCGUUAAACCAGCCAAAGAAAGGAAGUCGAGGAAGAGCAAACAACCAAUAGUCGAUGAGAAAUCACCAUUGUUGCCUACUAAACAUGGGGAAGAUGGUGGAUUUGAUGAGUUCAAUGGGGCUUCUUUUAGUGGGGCAGUAUUUAAUUUAUCGACAACUGUAGUUGGUGCUGGUAUCAUGGCUCUGCCUGCGACCAUGAAGGUUUUGGGGCUCUUUCUUGGGAUUGCAAUGAUCGUAUUCACGGCGUUCUUGACAGAGGCCUCGAUCGAGUUACUGCUUAGGUUCAGCCGGGCAUCGAAGUCGGUUUCUUACGGAGGUCUUAUGGGGAAUGCAUUUGGAAAGUAUGGCAGGAUGUUGAUUCAGCUGUGUGUAUUGGUCAACAAUGUUGGUGUUCUUGUUGUGUACAUGAUUAUAAUAGGUGAUGUGCUUUCUGGAACAACAUCCGAUGGAAUUCAUCAUGCGGGUGUUCUGGAAGGUUGGUUUGGAGAACAUUGGUGGAACGGGCGAUUUUCCGUGCUGCUUAUUACAACACUAGCCGUAUUUGCACCAUUGGCAAGCUUAAAGAGAAUCGAUUCGUUGAGUUAUACAUCUGCUUUAUCGGUGGCACUUGCUGUAGUGUUCCUUGUUAUAACCGUGGGAAUCACACUCUUCAAGUUGAUAAAUGGAACUACUCUGAUGCCUCGGUUGUUUCCAGAUGUCAACAGUCUGACCUCGUUCCUCAACCUCUUCACCGCUGUCCCUGUUCUGGUCACUGCAUACAUCUGCCACUACAAUGUCCACUCAAUAAACAAUGAGCUCGAGGACAACACUCAAAUCAAGGGGGUCGUGCGAACAUCCCUUGCCCUAUGCUCGACCAUCUAUGUAAUGACGAGCCUUUUCGGGUUCCUCUUAUUUGGCGACGCCACCCUGGACGAUGUGCUGGCCAACUUCUCGACCGAUCUUGGAAUCCCGUUCGGCUCCCUGCUCAAUGAUGCCGUCCGAGUCAGCUACGCGGCCCACCUAAUGCUCGUCUUCCCCAUUGUGUUCUAUCCUCUAAGACUAAACCUGGACGGGCUCCUUUUUCCCUCGGCAAGGCCUUUGGCCUCAGACAACCUGAGGUUCACAUCCCUUAGCAUUGGGCUCAUCAGCAUGAUUUUUCUGGGCGCGAAUUUCAUACCGAGCAUUUGGGAUGCUUUCCAGUUCACUGGAGCAACUGCAGCCGUUUGCAUCGGUUUUAUAAUUCCUGCUGCCAUUACUUUAAGGGACCGAUAUGGUAUAGCCACAAAUCGGGACAAGAUGUUAUCCAUUUUCAUGAUUGUUCUUGCUAUCUUUUCCAACCUGGUUGCAAUAUACAGUGAUGCGUAUGCAUUGUUCAAGAAAAGCCCCUCUCAUCGUGAGUGA